AUGAUUAGUUCAAAAUUCGAAAUGCCAUCUCCACCAAAGCCACUAUCCUUCGAAAUGCCUAAACCACCAGUUCUUCAGCCAAAUAUUGCUGCUCUUCUUCAGAAAACUAAUCCAGGAAAUAAGGAGCAAGGUCGAAAUGUGCCGUUCAAUCAACCAGUACCACCUGUUUUGAACCCUACCGUCAACACAGUGAAUCCAUUCGCCCCAAGACCAAAAUCAGUAUCACCUAAUCCUUCGAAAGAGGAGAUACCCGUGGCAUCUGCAACAAAAUAUAUGAAACCGAAAUCCCCAAUUCCACCCGAGAACUCUGACCAAGAACAAAAUGAAACUAAAAUAGAACCUGCUCUCGAGAAACCAACAACAUUGAAAACGACUGCCCCAACUACAGAAAUCCCAAUUACGCCGAUGGUAGAGGAAACUAAAGAAAUAACCUCUCCGGCAAAGGUAGAAGUGUCCAGUCACGCUGAGAACUCGAAACAAGAUGGAUCAGAAUCAAAUACUGUAUUUACGGAUAGAGUGGACAUGAGCGGAGGUUUAAUGAGCUGGUUGACGAAGACUGUAACCGAAAGUAAACUGUUGAGUGACGUGGCUGAGAAGGCGAAAGCUGGAGUGGAAACUGUCAUGACUACUCUGGAUCCCGGAAUGAAGCCGUUCCUAGCGGAGCAUGGAGUGAUCGAGUUCGCAUUGUUCAACUGUGACGCCGAUAUGCUCACUGUCGCAUCUGACGCAUUCACACGUGCAGGUGCUAUGGCAAUCUGUCGAGGUCUCUCUUUCGAUGAAACUAAUGUGAUUGCCAACUUCAGACCGUUGGUAUCUGGAGAACAGAAAGCUCGAAAACUAUGCGAAGCUAAAAUCGAAGCAGCGCGUAAAACAAAGAAGGCAAAAGAAGAAGCAGCAAUCGUCGUUGUACAACCGUUUCUUUUAGAAAUAUCUGGAAGACACUACUCCACAUGUAAAGUAAUGCUGCACCAUUCCUCUAUUUAUUUCGACGCUAUAUCACAACUUCUAGAAGUACCAGAAUCGAUAGUAGAAGCAAUCCAAAGAUUAGCUAAACUAGAAGGUUUACCCGAGGACGAAUUUUCAAGCUCUGUAUCACAAGCUAUCAAAAAUGUUUACAAGACAUCUGUCAGCUCUUGGGAGCCGGGAAGUCUUGCUCCAUAUGACUCCAAAGAGCUUCUGUCUGUUGCCUUCUCAUCUGUUUCGCAACAACUUCUGCGCAACUUGGCUCCAGUUAACUGA